AUGGCAAUAUUUAGUGUUGUCACCAUCCGGAAAGACUCCAUAGUUCUCAAUCGUUAUUGCAAAAUUGUAUUCUGUAUAGCGGCAUCGGCCAAUAUGCUGAUCACUUGUGCUGUUGUGAUCGCUCACAGAAGAUUUAACACAAAGAGACUCGAUGUUAUUUCGAUGGCUAUGAAGAUCAUCAGUGCUAUAGCCUUCUGUUAUGUCGCGCCCCAAUACUUUCAACUGCCAAGAGUCUAUGCGAUAAUGGAAUACGUGAUGAUCGCAGCAUAUAGUGCUUUCCAUUUGUCAUCACUCAUUGACAUCCGACAUAUCUCGUUCCUCUGCUAUCCAAGGACUUGCUCUGGUGAAUGUGAGCCACUGGAUCCGAAAAAUUUCGAGAAAGGAGCAAAGUUCGAGCAUUGCCGGGCGUUCGAGUACCAACAACGACAAGCCUUACAUUAUGAACCGGCCUAUCUCUCCUAA